UAACGAAAAAACAAGCAAAGGAGAAAGGACUUGAUUGGGAAGCGGCCUGACACUCCUCCCCAGUCCUCCCCCCACCCGAUCCCCGGCCCCGCGGCUCGCCGCCGGACCUCCACCGCCGCCCUCGUCGCGAGUCACGCGCGCGGCGGCUUACUCUGCUGCCGUGCGGUGACGACAGGAAGAGACGCGGGGGGCAGGGGCGGAAGAAGUAAGAGGCCGCCACCGGAUCUCGUGGAGCUGCCCCGCGCCGAGAGCGAUCAUGAGCUCUAGAAGCCUUGUCCGCCCCCCGGUUUCCUGUAGUGCUGCUGUUAACGGAAUUAAUGGAGGCCUCACCUACAGUACAUGUCGUUCAAGAAACUACUACUAUCAGUAUUCUCAUACUACUAAUUUGCAAAGUUCGCCAGUAGACCAGAUGCCUUUGCCUCGGAAAUUAAGGAAAUCGAUUCAACGAAAUGCUUACUUUUUAACCCAGAAGAGGAAGUUCGUACCACACUGUUCAUCAGACCUUAGUACCUCCUGCAGAGAAGAAGUACCCAACUAUUUAUCAAUCAAUGUUUUGCAAGACCAAUCAAAUACAAAACCUGGAGCUACUCGUAAAGUGCUUGUCAUUUUGAACCCUAAUUCUGGAUUCCGAAGCUCUCGGGAUGUUUUCUACAAGAAAGUGCAAUCAACAUUGAAGCUUUCAGGCUUCAAGAUGGAAGUCAUCGAAACAGCAUAUGCCGGUCAUGCAAAGGUUCUUUCUUCUACUGUCGACCUCCAAAAAUUCCCUGAUGGUAUUAUAUGUGUUGGUGGUGAUGGGAUCGUCAAUGAGGUUUUGAAUGGAUUACUUAGUAGAGAUGAUUUUGAAGUGGCAAUUCGAUUUCCCAUUGGGAUAAUACCUGCUGGUUCUGAUAAUUCAUUGGUGUGGACUGUUCUUGGCAUCAGGGAUCCUGUUUCUGCCGCAAUUGCUUUAACUAAGGGAGGUUUCACACCAAUAGAUGUGUUUGCCGUAAAAUGGAUCCAAGCUGGAGUGACUCAUUUUGGUUUGACAGCUUCCUACUAUGGUUUCGUAGCUGAUGUUCUGCAACUGUCUGAAAAAUUCCGCGUGCAGCUUGGUCCCUUCCGUUAUGUUGUUGCUGGCCUUCUGAAGUUUCUUUCAUUACCUCAGUACAGAUUUGAGGUGGACUAUCUCCCUGCAUCACCAGGGAGAAAUUCUGAAUUGAGACCACUGACUAAAAAAUGUCAUGAACAGCUUUCUGAUGAUGGCAAGGUUAGGAGAGGUACACAAAUCAAUGGUAGGAUUGAAGAUAAUUGGGUUACCAGGAACGGGGAGUUUCUUGGCAUUUUUGUCUGCAAUCACUUUUGCAAGCCUGCCCAGGGGUUACUUUCUCCAGUUAUUGCACCAAAAGCUCAGCAUGACGACGGCAGUCUGGACUUGAUUCUUGUCCAUGGAAGUGGCAGACUCAGACUGUUUUGCUUCUUUAUUGCCUAUCAGCUAUGCUGGCAUCUUUUACUCCCUUACGUGGAAUAUGUCAAGAUAAAAAAAGUAAAGAUUAGGCCAGUUGGCAAUACUCACAAUGGUUGUGGCGUCGACGGGGAGCUUCUUCAUGGAGAGGACAAAGCUGAAUGGCAGUGCUCGCUGCUUCCAGCACAAGGCCGGUUGCUUGGCCAGGAUCCCCGUGCUUUGAAGUAGCUACUAUCUACCCACCUGGCAGUCAUUCUAUUUUGUUGAGCAGUACCGAGAUUGUUGGUUAAUGGGAAGCGGGCAAAUUUAUCUUUGGCCACUGUUUUCAUAUAUUUAUUGUGAGUUUGUAAAUAAGGGUCAGAGCCUAGUGCACAAAAGGGGAAGCUUGAGCUGGAUGGUAUGCUCCGCUUUGUUGUGAAACCUAGCAGGCGCAGAGUUGGGAGUGAAUAGCACAUUGUAAAGGCCUUGUCAUGGCUGCCUUGGUACCCACUUUAUGUAGAAUGAACCAGCAAAGAGGAUUACUCAUGUCUGGUGGGUGAAAAGUGCAGCACCUCAACUCUUCAGAUAGCAUAUCUGUAGACUUACCCUUUGUCAAAGAUUAUAGACUUACCGCUGGGAUUGGUAAAAGCGUGGGUAGGUGAAAAAAGUCGAGCCUAGUGAUGGUCAAGCUUGGUAAAGCAAGAUUGGAAAUGGAACGUGACAUAUACCAUUAUGACCAUCUUUGUCAUGCU